AAAAAAAAAAAAAGGGACAGAAAACAUCAGUCUUGAACUUCUCUUCAAGAACCCGGGCUGCAAAGGAAAUCUCCUUUGUUUUUGUUAUUUAUAUGCUGUCAAGUUUUGAAGUGGUGAUCUUUAGAGGGUAACUGAGUAUGGAUCAUUUGAACGAGGCAACUCAGGGGAAAGAACAUUCAGAAAUGUCUAACAAUGUGAGCGAUCCGAAGGGUCCACCAGCCAAGAUUGCCCGCCUGGAGCAGAACGGGAGCCCACUAGGAAGAGGAAGGCUUGGGAGUACAGGUGGAAAAAUGCAGGGAGUGCCUUUAAAACACUCGGGCCAUCUGAUGAAAACCAACCUUAGGAAAGGAACCAUGCUACCGGUUUUUUGCGUGGUGGAACAUUAUGAAAACGCCAUUGAAUAUGACUGUAAGGAGGAGCAUGCGGAAUUUGUGUUGGUGAGAAAGGACAUGCUUUUCAACCAGCUGAUAGAAAUGGCAUUGCUGUCUCUGGGUUAUUCGCACAGCUCUGCUGCCCAGGCCAAAGGGCUAAUCCAGGUUGGAAAGUGGAAUCCAGUUCCACUGUCUUACGUGACAGAUGCCCCUGAUGCUACGGUAGCAGAUAUGCUUCAGGACGUGUAUCAUGUGGUCACAUUGAAAAUUCAGUUACACAGUUGCCCCAAACUCGAAGACCUGCCUCCUGAACAAUGGUCGCACACCACAGUGAGGAAUGCUCUGAAGGACUUGCUGAAAGAUAUGAACCAGAGUUCGUUGGCCAAGGAGUGCCCCCUUUCGCAGAGUAUGAUUUCUUCCAUUGUGAACAGCACUUACUAUGCAAAUGUCUCAGCAGCAAAAUGUCAAGAAUUUGGAAGGUGGUACAAACAUUUCAAGAAGACAAAAGAUAUGAUGGUCGAAAUGGAUAGUCUUUCUGAGCUCUCCCAGCAAGGUGCCAACCAUGUCAACUUUGGCCAGCAGCCGGUCCCAGGGAACACCGCCGAGCAGCCCCCGUCCCCCGCACAGCUGUCCCACGGCAGCCAGCCCUCCGUGCGGACCCCGCUCCCGAAUCUGCAUCCUGGGCUUGUGUCGACGCCCAUCAGCCCUCAGUUGGUCAACCAGCAGCUGGUGAUGGCUCAGCUGCUGAACCAGCAGUAUGCAGUGAACAGACUUUUAGCCCAGCAGUCCUUAAACCAACAAUACUUGAACCACCCUCCCCCUGUCAGUAGAUCUAUGAAUAAGCCUUUGGAGCAGCAGGUCUCGACCAACACAGAGGUGUCUUCCGAAAUCUACCAGUGGGUGCGCGAUGAACUGAAACGAGCGGGCAUCUCCCAGGCAGUAUUUGCACGUGUGGCUUUUAACAGAACUCAGGGCUUGCUUUCAGAAAUUCUCCGAAAGGAAGAGGACCCCAAGACUGCAUCCCAGUCGCUGCUGGUCAACCUUCGGGCGAUGCAGAAUUUCUUGCAGCUGCCGGAAGCUGAGAGAGACCGAAUCUACCAGGACGAGAGGGAAAGGAGCCUGAACGCCGCCUCGGCCAUGGGCCCUGCCCCCCUGAUAAGCACACCGCCCAGCCGCCCUCCCCAGGUGAAAACAGCUACUAUUGCCACUGAGAGGAAUGGGAAACCAGAGAACAAUACCAUGAACAUUAAUGCUUCCAUUUAUGAUGAGAUUCAGCAGGAAAUGAAGCGCGCUAAAGUGUCCCAAGCACUUUUUGCAAAGGUUGCAGCAACCAAAAGCCAGGGGUGGUUGUGUGAGCUGUUACGCUGGAAAGAAGACCCUUCCCCGGAGAACAGGACCCUGUGGGAGAACCUCUCCAUGAUCCGCAGGUUCCUCAGCCUUCCUCAGCCCGAGCGCGAUGCCAUCUACGAGCAGGAGAGCAACGCGGUGCAUCACCACGGCGACAGGCCGCCCCACAUCAUCCACGUGCCCGCGGAGCAGAUUCAGAGCCCCUCUCCCACCACCCUUGGGAAAGGAGAGUCUAGAGGCGUUUUCUUACCAGGCCUGCUGACCCCUGCACCGUGGCUCGGUGCUGCUCCUCAGGUGAGCGGGCACAAGUUACCUUUGCCAGACGACGCCCGCCAGAAGCCCCGGCCGCGCACCAAGAUCUCCGUGGAGGCCCUGGGGAUCCUGCAGAGCUUCAUCCAAGACGUGGGCCUGUACCCGGACGAGGAGGCCAUCCAGACUCUGUCCGCGCAGCUGGACCUGCCCAAGUUCACCAUCAUCAAGUUCUUCCAGAACCAGCGCUACUACCUGAAGCACCACGGCAAGCUGAAGGACAACGCGGGCCUGGAGGUGGACGUGGCCGAGCUCAAGGACGACGAGCUGCUGAAGGACGCGGAGGAGAGCGCGCAGGACAAAAACGCCAACACCCUCUUCGCGGUGAAGCUGGAGGACGAGCUGGCGGCCGAGGGGCGCACGGACGCCGCCGACCUGAAGGACUGA